AUGAUUGACCAAUAUAAACAUCAACAACUUCAAAUUGGACUCGUUUCCCCUCAACAAAUAAAGGCUUGGGCUAACAAAAACCUACCUAAUGGAGAAGCCGUUGGCGAAGUCACAAGGCCCUCUACUUUUCAUUAUAAAACCGAUAAACCAGAAAAAGAUGGAUUGUUUUGCGAAAGAAUCUUUGGACCCAUAAAAAGCGGGAUUUGCGGUUGUGGCAAUUCUCGAGCGAGCGGAGCUGAAAACGAAGACGAAAGAUUUUGCCAAAAAUGCGGGGUAGAAUUUGUGGAUUCUCGGAUACGAAGAUAUCAAAUGGGAUACAUCAAACUCGCAUGUCCCGUGACUCAUGUGUGGUAUUUGAAAGGUCUUCCUAGUUAUAUCGCGAAUCUUUUAGAUAAACCUCUUAAGAAGUUGGAGGGCCUAGUAUACGGCGAUUUCUCUUUUGCUAGGCCCAGCACUAAAAAACCCACUUUUUUACGAUUACGAGGUUUAUUCGAAGAGGAAAUUGCAUCCUGUAACCACAGCAUUUCUCCCUUUUUUUCUACCCCAGGCUUUGCAACAUUUCGAAAUCGGGAAAUUGCGACAGGAGCAGGUGCUAUUAGAGAACAAUUAGCAGAUUUGGAUUUGCGAAUUAUUAUAGAGAAUUCUUUGGUCGAAUGGAAGGAAUUAGAAGACGAGGGGUAUAGUGGAGAUGAGUGGGAAGAUAGAAAAAGACGAAUAAGAAAAGUUUUUUUGAUUAGACGCAUGCAAUUGGCGAAACAUUUUAUUCAAACAAAUGUAGAACCAGAAUGGAUGGUUUUGUGCUUAUUACCGGUUCUUCCUCCCGAAUUGAGACCUAUUGUUUAUAGGUCUGGAGAUAAAGUAGUGACUUCAGACAUUAAUGAACUUUAUAAGAGAGUUAUCCGUCGGAACAACAAUCUUGCCUAUCUAUUAAAAAGAAGUGAAUUAGCGCCAGCAGAUUUAGUAAUGUGCCAGGAAAAAUUGGUACAAGAAGCCGUGGAUACACUUCUUGAUAGUGGGUCCCGCGGGCAACCGACGAGGGAUGGUCACAAUAAAGUAUACAAAUCACUUUCAGAUGUAAUUGAAGGUAAAGAGGGAAGGUUUCGCGAGACUCUGCUUGGGAAACGGGUCGAUUACUCGGGGCGUUCUGUCAUUGUUGUGGGUCCUUCGCUUUCAUUACAUCAAUGUGGAUUACCUCUAGAGAUAGCAAUAAAGCUUUUUCAGCUAUUUGUAAUUCGCGAUUUAAUCACGAAACGCGCCACUUCUAAUGUCAGGAUUGCUAAAAGGAAAAUUUGGGAAAAGGAACCCAUUGUAUGGGAAAUACUUCAAGAAGUUAUGCGGGGACAUCCUGUACUGUUAAAUAGAGCACCUACUCUGCAUAGAUUAGGCAUACAGGCCUUUCAACCCACUUUAGUAGAGGGGCGUACUAUUUCUUUACACCCAUUAGUGUGUAAGGGUUUCAAUGCAGACUUUGAUGGAGAUCAAAUGGCUGUUCAUCUACCUUUAUCCUUGGAAGCUCAGGCGGAAGCCCGUUUACUUAUGUUUUCUCAUAUGAAUCUCUUAUCUCCUGCUAUUGGGGAUCCUAUUUGCGUACCAACCCAAGACAUGCUUAUCGGGCUUU